AUGUUUUCAAUUUUGCAGGAUUAUUUAAAAUGUUUUCAACAGUUGUUUCUAAAAGAGAAGUAUCGAAUAUUUAUUAUAUUCAUGGUGAGGUUUCCAGGAUAAUAUGGCACUCAAGAUCAUUAAUUAUGGAUGAUUUAUUUCAUAAUUCCUGGGUUGAUUAUUAUUAAUUUCAUAAUCCCAUUACUGAUAUUACUACUAUUGAUGAUAAAUAAAAAUAGAUUAGAUAAAAUUAAAAUUAGAAGACAUAUAUCAUAUUUGUUGAAUGAAUACAGGAUAGAGAAAUUUUAUUGGGAAUAAAUUAAAUUACUUAAGAAAGCAAUCUUUAUAUUUAUUCUGACCAAUUUUGAAACUGAAGUAGUUUUAAACGCAUCCCUCUUAGGAUUAAGCUUAUUGAUCUAUUAAAAAUUAGCAACUUUUCAUCAGCCAUUUAUUAAUCAAAAAUUAAAUAAUUUAGUCCUAUAAAGUAGUCAAAUUUGUUCAAUUUCAAUAUUAUUAGCAUUGAUUAAAUAAAUUUGCGAAUAAAACGAUUAUUUUGGUUCUUCUAUUAUGAUAUAAUUUUUUAUAAUUGCAUGUUUCAUAAAAAUGUGUUGCCCUUUUAUUUUUGAUUUUGCAAGAAAUUACAAGAAGUUUUAUAAAUAUCUUUUUAUAUAAAUUAACUUCUGUAUUCGAAAGUACCAAAUUUCAUUUUUACAAUUCUGUUAAAAAAUAUUUUGGAUCAAGAAAAAUAGAGAAAUAGAAUCAAUUAUUUAUUUAUGA